AUGUCAUUUAACGACAAUGGCGACUACUUCCCUAUUUAUGCCGAGUGCCUCAGCUUCGAAAUGCUCACCAUCAUCCUCAGCACGGGAGGUCGCAAGGUGUUGGAGCCGACCAACGCCAAGAGGCCCAGCACGCUGCAAUUCGUGGGAGAAUGGGCCAAGGACAGAAACAUGUUCGCAUGGAUGCGCAGAAGGCUGGUGGACCGGCUGGAGAAAGAAAACCUGACAAUGGAGAAUCACAAGUACGGGUUGACUCCCGAGACGUUCAAUGCCGAUGAGGGUCUCUCGUCCUUCUUCAACAUCCUCACCACCACUGCUGAUGACGAUGGCAAGGAGUACAUAUCAACAGUGGAGGCCAAGAGAUACCCCUUCACUGCUCUACAGUGGCACCCUGAGAAAAAUGCGUACGAGUGGGGCAACCCCAUCUUCCCACACUCCUCCGAUGCUGUGCAGAUCACACAUGCUGCUGGCACAUUCUUUGCCAAUGGCACAACUGUAGCUUCCUUAGGUCGCCGUGAUGAUGACGUGGACGGGGAAGGGUCUGGCGUGGCAAUAAGAGGCAGAACAACAAGGGGUUUACGUGUUGACACCAAGAGAGAGCUUGAAAAUGCAGAUACCACGCCUGUCGCCGCGACAGCCGCCGCAUCAGCCGCCGUUCUUACAACGGCAGCAUUUGUUAGAGAGGAAGAUAACGUAGGGGUAGUGACAGACAAGCCUGCUGUUGACGUGGCGAGAGGGCGAGAAGAGGAGCAGGAGGAGGAGGAAGAGGAAGAGGAAGAGGAGUGGGAUGGGGAUUGGGAGGACGAGGAGGAGGGAGAAGACGAAGAUGUGAGGGUAGAGUUGUGGGAGGGUGAUUUACCCCCGAUGACGGAGGAGGAGGAGCGGGAGCUGCUUCUAGAGGCGGAGCGCGAAAUCGCGCAACUGGAGGCGGAGAAAUUGGCGGGAGCUGCGCCUGCGGCGGGACGCAUGGUGGACGGCGAUUGGUUGCAGGAAGACGGGGAGAUCGGCGCGGAUGCGGGGCGGGAGAUGGGCACAGGGAAAGCGGCGCGCGAGGAAGGGGCGGAGGCGGGUAAGGGCGCGGGGGAAGCGGCGGGGGGAGCGGUGGCGGACAUGGAGGGGGAGAUUGCGGCGCUGCGGCGGCAGCUGGCAGAGAUGGAGAGGGAGCUGGCGGAAGCCAAGGCGCGGGAGAGGGCGCAAGCAGCGGUGGAAGGGCUUAGGGGACAAGGAAACCCUGAACCCCGGGGUUCUGCGCCUGAACCCUCAGGGAUUGUCGUAGAGAAGGCGGAAGCAGCGGGUGUGAGAAGCGAGAGCGAUUCCAGACGGGUUCGCGACGAAAUAGUGGGGGGAGAGGAGGGGGAGGGAGAGGGUAAGGAGGACGACGUGGAGGAAGAGGAAUUGGAGGAGGACGUCGACGAUUUGUCCCAUUUGAGGAGGAAAGAGCAGAGGCGGCUGCGAGAGGAGAUGCGGUGGCUGGAAGGGAAGGACGAGGACGGAUGGGAGGGCAACGACGUAUCAUCAUCACCAGCAUCAGACGCUGAGCGAAGAGGGUUACCAGCAGUGAUGCGAUGCUUCGACACGGCGAGGGUUUUCAUCAAAGCGGGCGACGGCGGCGACGGAAUAGUGGCGUUCCGCCGGGAGAAAUUCGUCCCGGACGGCGGGCCGUCGGGCGGCAACGGCGGGCGGGGCGGCAACGUAAUCAUUACUGCCGACCCGGCGCUGAAUUCCCUCCUGCCGUUCCGCCGGUCGGUGCAUUUCAGGGCGACGCGCGGGGCGCACGGGAAGGGGAGCAACAGGCAUGGCGAGGCGGGUCGGGACAUAGAGAUUAAAGUCCCCCCCGGGACUAUUAGCGAGGUGCUGCUGGCGGGGGGAAGGGGCGGGCGGGGGAACGCGGCGUUCAAGACUGGGCGCACCAACGCCCCCCAGAUCGCGGAGAAGGGGGAGGAAGGCCCCGAGAUGUGGGUGCAGCUGGAGCUGCGGGUGGUGGCGGACGUGGGCAUCGUGGGAGCGCCCAACGCGGGCAAGUCAACGCUGCUCGCUGCCAUCUCGGCUGCCCGCCCCAAGGUGGCCAACUACCCAUUCACCACUCUGGUUCCCAACCUGGGAGUGGUGGCAGUGCCAGGCGGGUUCGACAGCAUGGUGUGGGCGGACGUGCCUGGGCUGCUGGAGGGAGCGCACGUGGGGCGAGGGCUGGGCCACCAGUUCCUGAGACACACCGACCGCUGCAGAGUGCUGGACGGACCUGCCAGACGCGCAGCACCAGUGCCCCUUGCACUCUCUCACGCCCUCUCCCAUGCUCUCUCUCACGCUAUCCCCCCUGCCAUCUCCCCGUCUCCUCCUCCGUACUCCCAGAUUCAUGUCAUUGACGGCAGCAGCCCCCAGCCUGACCUAGAGCUCCAGGCAGUCACGAGAGAACUAGACCUCUUCUCUCCUUCUCUCGCCGCCAAGCCGCGGGUGAUUGUCUUCAAUAAGAUGGACCUGCCAGACGCGCAGCACCAGUGGGGAAGCUUCCAGGAAGCCGUGCGGGAGCUGGGGCUGGGAGGGGAGGGGGAGGAGGACGGGGCGUGGUGGGGAGGGGCGGAGGGGGAAGGGGAGGGGGGAGGAGAGGGGAGGAAGGGUCCGGUGGUGCUGAGCAUGAGUGCUGUGACAGGGCAGGGCACACAGGAGGUGGUACAGGCUGCGUAUGAUUUGCUGAAACGCGUGCAGGGGGAGAGCGACGGAUGGGGGGAGGAGGGCGAGGAGGAAGGGCAGGGCACACAGGAGGUGGUACAGGCUGCGUAUGGGCUGCUGAAACGCGUGCAGGGGGAGAGCGACGGAUGGGGGGACGAGGAGGAAGAGGAAGCCCCUAACACCACUCGCCAUCGCCUGGGCUUGGCAGCAGAGGUGCAGCGAGCGAGGCGGGCGGCAGUGAACGAGUUCCGGGUGGCAUUCGACGGCCACACGCGCGUGUUUGAAGUGACAGGGGAGGGCAUUGAGCGAUUCGUGCAGAUGACCAACUGGGAGUGA